GGGGGGGCGGCUGUGAGAGGCCGGCGGGGGAGGCAGCAGCAGCAGCAGCAGCAGCAGCAGCAGCAGCAGCAGCAGCGGCGGCAGAGCAGCAACAGCAGCAGCAACCGCAGCAGCGGGCGCGCAGCCAGCAGCGGGCUCUGAACAAGACAGAAGGCGGCGGCCGAAAGAAAGAGCCUGCUUCUGCUGCUGCGGCUCUAACGCAGCAGCACAGCAGCAAACCGCAGCAGCAGCAGCAGCAGCACACUGCAGCAGCAGCAGCAGCAAGAGUCUACGCGCAGCAGCAACUGCACAGAAGCAGCAGCAGUUUGACUGCAGCAGCAGCAGCAGCAGCAGCAGCAACAGCUGCUGCUGCUGCCGGCUCAUGCUCGCGCUUGAGCAGCUCUCUUACCUCUCUCAGGUGCAGUAGGGAAAUCGAAAAGGUGACAGCAGCAGCAGCAGCAGCAGAAGCAGCAGCUGCAGCAGCAAAAAGAGCAGCAGCAGCAGGAGCGGCGCCUGGUCUUCGUGGCACUCACCGCUGCAGCAGCAGCAGCAGCAGCAGCAGCAGCUCACAGUGUACGCAUGCACAAGCGGCUGCAAUAGGCUCUGAGCUGCGGCACACAAUGGAGCGUUUGCUGCUGCUGAAAGGGAAGCAGCAGCAGCAGCAGCAGCAGCAGCAGCAGCAAUUGCAGCAAGAGCAGCAGCAGCAGCAGAUACCACCCGGAGAGCUUGAGUCUCUGUGGCUGUCUUGUAUUCGCCUGCUGCAGAUGCUGCUGCUGCGGCAACGCGAGCUGCUGCUGCAGCAGCGAAGCAGCAGACAGGUGCAGCAGCAGCAGCAGCAGCAGCAGCAGCAGCAGCAGGUGGUUAUAUGUGGGGAGGAUUUGUGCGCGAUGCUGCGGCUUAUCGUGAAAAGCGGGACCACUGGUCUCCCCUUGGGCUUUUUAAAUGCAGCAAGAGCAGGCCUUGCUGCUGUUGCUGCUGCUGCUGCUGCUGCUGCUGCUGCUGCUGCUGCUGCUGCUGAGGCGGGGCCAGUUGCUGCUGGCUGCUGCAGCGCAGCAGACCUCGUAAGGGGCUGCCGCGCGCUGCAGUCGUUGGGGGCUCUUAACGGCCGGCAGCUGCAGCAAAUUCUGCAGCUGCUGCUGCCGCAGCAGCAGCAGCAGCAGCAGCAGCAGCAGGCUGCAGCAGCGUUUGUGCUGCAGCUGCGAGCAGCAGACGCAGUGGCGCUGCUGGUGCUGCUGGCCAAAUCAGGGCUGCGUCAUGAGCCGCUGCUGCUGUCUGCGUGUGACUGGCUGCUGCAGUGCAGCAGCAGCAGCAGCAGCAGCGGCAGCAGCAGCAGCAGCAGCAGCAGCAGCAGCAGCAGCAGGUUGUAUCCUAAACACCUCGCGGCCUGCUGCUGGGCGCUUUCCAAGCUAUCAAUUUCUCAUCCGCUUCUCGACCACCUCCUCAGCAACGCUAUACCAAAGUGCCUGCAGCAGCAGCAGCAGCAGCAGCAACUGCAGCAGCAGCAGCAGCAGCAGCAACUGCAGCAGCAGCAGCAGCAGCAGCAGCAGCAGCAACUGCAGCAGCAGCAGCAGCAGCAGCUGGGCCUCAGAGAGUGCGCGAACAUUUGCUACGCGCUCUGCGCCUCUUGUGUUGCUGAGACUCCUCUGUCGCAGCAGCAGCUGCAGCAGCGCAGCAGUUUGCUGCAGCAGCUGCUGCAGCACCUGAAGCAGCAGCAGCUGUUCGAGUCCCUGCAGCAGCAGCAGCAGCUGAUGCUGCUGCAGCGCGACGCCCUCAGACAGCUGCAGAUUGUACAUCUCUUCUUGACUGCCCCGCAGCAGCAGGAGCAGCAGCAGCAGCAGCAGCAGCAGCAGCAAACCAGCGACAGCAGCAGCAGCAGCGCGGGGCGCUGCGUCCUCGAGAAGUUCGCAGCGGAGGCUGCAGCGCAGCAGCUGCCGCAGCAGCAGCAGCUGCCGCAGCGGCAGCAGCUGCAGCAGAAGCUCACCGUAGCAGCAGAAACUGCUGCUUGGCUGGGUGCUGCUGUUGCUGCGCUGCAGCUGCCGCAUGCAGUGAGGGUUUCAAAGGCGCAGCAGCGGGCGGUGCAGCGGCUUCUGCGAGCUGACAGCAGCAGCAGCAGCAGCAGCAGCAGCUGCAGCAGCAGCAGCAGCAGCAGCAACGGCGGCAGAGGCAGCAGCACAGCCGCAAGCUUGUGCGCUGCUUCUGCAGACACGGCAGCAGAAGCCACGGCAGCCCCACCAGCGACGGCAGCAGCAGCAGCAGCAGCAACAGCAGCAGCAGCAGCAACAGCAGCAGCAGCAGCAGCAGCAGCAGUGCAGCUGUGCGGCAGCAAAGCGCAGCUGGAGUUUGCUCAGCAGCAGUGCAGGCAGGCGCAGCUAGAGAAGCUGCUGCCGCUGCUGCAGCAAACCCUUGCGGCGAGGCAGCAGCAGCAGCAGCAACAGCAGCAGCAGCAGCAGCAACAGUAG